UAACAAAUCCUCGUGUUCGCGAAUUCCAUACUACUUAUUCACGUAAUGCAAUUGUUCAUUUCUUGCUUGCCGAUAUUGGUGAAGGAAUAAAAGAAUGUGAAAUUGUACAAUGGUUUGUUAAGCCCGGAGAUCAAAUUAGUGAAUUUGAUAAAAUUUGUGAAGUACAAUCUGAUAAGGCUACUGUGGAAAUUACAUCAC